AGCUAGGGUUUUAGCGACCCUCCCUCGCCGCACCGCCCCCCACCUCCCCCGAGGGACCAGCGGCAGCCAUGGACUCCUCGCCCGACCUCCAGCGGCUCCUCGAGCAAGAGAAGGAGAGGAUGAUGGUGAACGAGAUAGUCAGCAAGCUAACAAGCGAGUGCUGGGACAAGUGCAUAACCGGCGCUCCCGGGAGCAAGUUCAGCUCCGGCGAGACCACCUGCAUUACCAACUGCGCGCUGAGGUUUCUUGAUAUGUCUCAGCUGAUCGCCAGGAAGCUGGGCGGGUCGCAGUGAGCCUGCGUCGCUCCAUGUAGCUACUCUUCAGACAGUGUUUCUUUGGGCAUCUGUCGGUGUAUUUCGGAAAGAUGUGUAGGUUCGGCAGGCCCUAGACUUUGGAGUGUGAAUGGCAUCAUUUGAAUCUGGUGUGCAUUUGCUUGGACCCUGACUUUAGCUCUUGAUGCUGCUUCCCGGAAGAUAAAGUUCAGUCUGUUUUUAAGGCUGAGAUAUAGUACUUCUUCUGUUGAAUUCAUGUGCUGGCUGUCUUGUUCUGCA